AUGGCAGCAUCGCCAAAGUUCUCCGAGGGCUCGGACGAGCCGCGCCUGACGAAAGAGCUGGACGGGCUCCUGAGCAGCAGGUGGAACCUCACGGCAGAUGGGCAGGGCAUCGAGCGGUCCUUCAAGUUCAAGACGUUCGCCAAGACAUGGGACUUCAUGACCGCCGUGUCAUUGCAGUGCAAGAUAAAGAACCACCACCCGGAAUGGUCGAACGUCUACAACACAACGUUCAUCCGCUGGACGACGCACAGCCCGCCGGGCCUGUCGGCCAAGGACACGGAGCUGGCUGCCCUCUGCGACGGGUACGCCCAGAGCUUCGGGGAGAUCAAGGAGGAGGCCGCGCCUGCGGCGGCCCCGUCGUCGUCGUCUGACGGUCAGAGCUGUCAACUGAAGGGACUGGCAGACCAUGUCGCAUCUACGUCCGGGGACUGCUGCACGCCGAAGAAGUCGAGCUGA